GAGUCUCGUUCCCUCAGCUUCGUCAACUGCAACUGCUCUCAAUGCCAAUGGAAGAACAACCUCACUUCAGAGUUCCACUCUCUCUUCUCCUCUUCCUCUCUCUCUUCCUUCUUCCAACUUCCUUCUCUUCUACGCACGACCUUCAGAUCCUCAAUGCCGAACGCAGAAUUGAUUUGACUUCUCACAUCAUUAAGGUGUACUUGACAUUGAAGGUUGAAAAUUUGGGAACAUCCCCUGCUUCAGAAGUACAUCUUGCUUUUUCACCUGCUGAAGCGGAACAUCUUGCAAUAGUCAAAGCUGCAGCAACUUCUGGGAAACGGAAGAAGAAGACUUACAUCCCCCUUGAUGUUAAAUCUGCAGAGCUACCAGAUGGACCUAAUGGAACUAAAUUCUUCACCGUAACUUUGUUAACUUCACUAAAUAAAGGUGAAACUGCAACACUAGAGGUGCUUUACAUAUUGACACAUUCUCUGGAACCUUUCCCUGUAGAAAUAACUCAAUCAGAGUCACAGCUGGUCUAUUUCCGUGAUAGUGCUAUAUUGUUGUCUCCCUAUCAUGUCAAGGAACAGACAACUUUCAUUAAGACACCAAGCACUCGGGUAGAAUCAUUCACUGUGGUCGAUCCCGCUAAACGUGCUGGUACAGAGCUGAAAUAUGGACCUUAUGAAGAUCAACCCCCAUAUUCAUAUUCUCCUGUUCUGGUCCAUUUUGAAAAUAACAAUCCCUUCGCGGUAGUUGAGGAGCUAGAACGUGAAAUUGAAAUUUCUCACUGGGGAAAUGUACAGGUCACAGAGCGAUAUAGGCUGGUCCAUGCAGGUGCUCGACAUAAAGGCGCUUUUUCGAGGGUUGAAUAUCAAACUAGACCAGAUGCUACUGGUGUAUCUUCAUUCAAACAUCUUCUAGCAAAACUGCCCCCCAAGGUUCACUCUGUGUACUACAGAGAUGAAAUAGGAAAUGUUUCCACUUCAAACUUACGUACAGAUUAUCGGAAGUCAGAACUUGAAUUUCAACCUCGGUAUCCCCUGUUUGGAGGCUGGAAAUCAACCUUUGUUAUCGGUUAUGGGCUACCAUUGCAAGACUUCCUUUUUGAGUCACCAGAUGGUAGAAGAUACCUAAAUUUUACUUUUGGAUGUCCACUUACUCAGACAGUGGUUGACAAGUUGAUUUUAAAAGUUGUACUGCCAGAGGGAUCCAAAGAUCCCACAGCCGUGAUUCCUUUCCAAGUGGACCAACAUCUAGAGAUCAAAUAUUCAUAUCUUGAUGUGAUCGGAAGGACUGUUGUUGUUCUAGAAAAGAGUAAUGUAGUUCCUGAGCAUAACGUUCCUUUCCAGGUAUACUACACUUUCAACCCUAUAUUCAUGCUUGCCGAGCCAUUGAUGCUGUCGAUUGCAAUUUUCUUGUUUUUCGUGGCCUCGGUGUCAUACCUACACGCCGAUCUUUCCAUACGAAAAUGAUGAACAUCUCGCUAGUUUCAGAAAGUGACUGAGGAGAUCCAAAUUUUUUGGGGAGUAUGAGAAGGUCAUAUACCAUUAUUGUAUGCAUUAAGAGAACUAAUUGCAACUAUAGAUUUACUUGUUUGUACGAUCUUCCCCUGAAAGUUUGAUCACAUGCCAUUCAUCCAAAACUAGCAUUCAACCUCCCUUUGAGAAAAUUAUAGGGUAUGUUAGUUAGAUCUUAAAGGCACUACAUAAUGGUUAACAAACUUAGAGGAUCUUUCUUCUUAUGUAUUGAGAAACAUUUCAAGUUUGAAAAUGUGGUUUUGAAUGUCUCAUAUUACAUAGAUUAAACAAGUUAAUUCUCGCUUACAACAAGGAUUUUGAUUUAUUUA